AGCUCAAUCAUGACUUUAUCAGCCUCGGAGCCACAUCCAGCUCGUGUUUCGUGACAGAACUGCAGCUUCAUCUCGCAUACUUUCUUUAUUAUGCUGACAAACGUGGAUUUUCAGAACACAGUUUAAAAUGGAUUAACAGAAGAAGCGGGUGAGAACAUGAGGAGAUGUGUUGAGGAACAACAGAGCAAUAUAUUGGCAGAAUAAACCAGCAGCAUGACGAAACUUCUAACCCUCAUCAGUGUGAUCGGCUUCAGAUUGAUGGUCUGUGUUCACAGUGAGUUUAUCGAGCCGUCUCCGUCUCUGGCCCUGCGCUCGUUCUCCGGCACACAGACCCGGAUGCCCUGCCGCUUCACGGUGGAGGGCGACGAGAUGCUGGUGCAAGUGACCUGGUACAGAGAGAAACCAGGAGGAGAACGAGAACAGAUCAUCAUAGGACACUUUACUGAAGGACCUAAAGCGUCUCCUGAUUUUCUGAAUCGUGUUCAGUUCGAGAGCUCCGAACCGACCGUCGACUCCACGCUGCUGAUUCUGAACACAAAGAAGGCCGAUCAGGCCACAUACACCUGCCACGUCUCCAUCUUUCCCUCCGGAAACUUCGAGAGACAAAUCAGUCUGACUGUCUGGAUUUUGCCGAUCUCUUCUCUGGAGCCGGUGAUUCUGCAGGAAGGCCAGUCGUUCCGCGUGGCUGCCUACUGUCGCUCGGUUGGACACCCUUCGCCGCGUUUGUCCUGGGACACGGACAUUCCCGGGCAGUCGCAGAACCGGACUGGAGAAGAUGGAGUCAUAACCUCGCAGUUUUCCCUGCAUCCGCUGCGCAGCAUGAACAAGCGGCGCCUGGACUGUCUGGUGUGGCAUCCCGCUCUCAAUGGCCCACAUAGAAUCAGCAACGAGCUCGUCGUGCACUAUCCUCCUGAUGCAUUGAUUGCUGAUUCUGGUUCCUGGAGAAUCGGACACUCGGGAUCUGAGCUCAAAUGUGUGGUUAAAGGAAACCCGUUGCCGCAAAACGUCACGUGGAGCAGAAAGGACGGUCGUCUGCCAGCAGGAGUGCUGGUUAAAGAGGACACACUGGUGUUUGUUCGGCCUCUGAACGUGACGGAUGAAGGCGUGUACGUCUGCCAGACAGCUAACAGAGUGGGAAUCGCUAAAGCCGAGUUUAAAGUGGAGAUCGGAAAACAUGCAUCUGAAUCUGCACACGCUCUGGGAAGCCUGUCAGAGACUCUGCUCAUCAUCAUAGGAGCGUCUGUCGCCGGGGUUUUGGUCAUCGUUAUUGUGAUCGCCAUCGUCUUCGUCAACUGUCACCUUAGACGCAAGAACAGGAAGCUGAAGCGAGCACUCAGCGUCAGAACGGAGGAGAUGAUCAGUCUGUCGCGGCAGGUUUCCAUGAGGAGACUCAACUCCAUCAACACUGAUCCCAGAACAGCGCCGGAGGAGAGUUCACUGAUUCAGAUGGACAGUGUGACGAAGGGCAGUGUUUUAUCGGUGGAGGAUCAUUCAACACUGAGUGACGUGAGAGGCAGACGUGGAGACAGAGAGUACGAUAGUCUGGGACGUCCCGCCAUCUACACGACGUACCGUCCGGAGCGAUCCAGCAAGAAUUCGAGAGAGAUUGAGGAGGAGAGAAAUGAGCGCAGACGGAGAGUCGAGUCCUAUGUCAAAUCCAGCAAUAUGUCACUGGAUUCAGGGCUUCACCGGGAUCAGAGUUCUCCUCCUCCGUCCGUGAGCUCGGGUCUGACUGCAGAUGCCAUCGGGGAAGGAUGGAAGCGCGGCUCUCGCAGAGAGAUUCACCGAGACGUGCAGCGAGAGCGAGUUCCUGAAGGAGAGGAAGAAAGCUCUCCUGUGAGCUCCUAUCAGCUAUCCGAGGCCGUUUCCAACUACUUCCAGUGCAGCAACGGCGGACUGACGCCGAAGGCAAACCCCAACGCCAUCAUCAUACACUCUCACGGACCGGUCAUCUGAUCAACACACCAUGCUUCCUGCAACACAAGCGUUGUGCUGAUCGUCAGUGCAUGCAGCUUGAUUAUCUGUAAACUCUUAAAGGGACAGUGCACAAAAAAUGAUCAUUUACUCAG